ACACCAAUCCACUCUUCCCUUCCUUUUUCUCUUCACUCCUCAUUCUCUGCUGUCUCCACCCCAGAUUCCCGUGCAAUUUUCCCCCAAUCCCCCAAACACUUAAUUGAGCAAUUGGGAUUCCUCACGUGUGGGCUGAUUUGUAGUUUGAACACGUGGCUCAUUCAGAAAAAAAGGCCGGAAUAUCGGAGGAUCUUUUUUUUUAUUCUACUCCUCCUGCUCUUUUUCUUCUUAUUCCAGGCUGUAGACUCAGAGACGGGCGCCAGCCAGCCUUACUGUGUGUGACAUUCUCUGUCUCUUCGCCAAAAGGGGUUUUUGGAGGAAGAGACAAAAGUAGUUUCUCCUCCUUUUUUUUUUUUUUUUCUUUUUUUUCCCCCCCCUUGCCCGGCCCGCCAUCGUUUUGGAGCGAGGCGAGAUUAAUAAUUGAGCAUUUAUUUAUUGCGCGACAGUGACAGAGGGGGGCGAGGGAGCGCAAACGCACUGUGGAGGGGCUGCCAGUUUAAAUCUAUCUGGUGGCUCGAACCGACCGGGAAGCACGCCACAGCCGCUCCGUAUAGUAGUAGUAGUAAAAGGACUAGGAGAGAAGAAGCAAGCAGGGCGAUUCGGGCGCACAUCCGUGAGAGAGAGCGAACAACUGUCUCUUCUUUUCUCCACCUCCCCCCCUCCACCUCUCUCCAGCGUAAAGAUUGUCCCGUUUCGGCGUGGAACAUGAAUAAGCUAUACAUCGGCAACGUGAGCGCAGAGGCGAGCGAGGAGGACUUGGAAAGUAUCUUCAAACAGUGGAAGAUUCCGCACAGUGGUCCGUUUCUCGUCAAAACUGGCUAUGCGUUUGUGGAUUGCCCGGACGAGAAGGCGGCGAUGAGGGCCAUCGAUGUUCUUUCAGGUAAAGUUGAACUUCAUGGGAAAGUUCUGGAAGUGGAGCACUCUGUCCCUAAACGUCAAAGGAGCUGUAAGCUGCAGAUCAGGAACAUCCCGCCUCACAUGCAGUGGGAGGUUUUGGAUGGUAUGCUCGCGCAGUAUGGUGCUGUAGAGAGCUGUGAACAAGUAAACACUGAUACAGAGACUGCAGUAGUGAAUGUUCGAUACGCAGUUCGGGACCAUGCAAGACUAGCAAUGGAGAAGCUCAAUGGAUCAAUGAUGGAGAAUUAUGCCUUGAAAGUGUCAUACAUCCCAGAUGAGAAUGCUGCACCAGAGGGUCCUCCUUCAGGGGGUCGGAGAGGCUUCAACGCUCGCGGACCUCCCCGUGCUGGCUCUCCGGGUUUGGGUGCGCGUCCCAAAGUGCAGUCUGACAUCCCACUGCGCGUGCUGGUACCCACGCAGUUUGUAGGAGCAAUCAUUGGCAAGGAGGGCGCCACCAUACGGAAUAUCACCAAACAGACCCACUCAAAGAUCGACAUCCAUCGGAAAGAAAAUGCAGGCGCAGCAGAAAAACCCAUUACGAUUCACUCCACCCCUGAUGGCUGUUCAAACGCCUGCAGAACCAUCAUGGAUAUCAUGCAGAAGGAAGCAGUUGACACAAAGUUCACUGAGGAGAUUCCACUGAAGAUCCUUGCACACAACAACUUCGUAGGAAGACUAAUAGGGAAAGAGGGCCGCAACCUUAAGAAAAUCGAGCAAGACACGGGGACCAAGAUCACAAUCUCACCGCUCCAGGAUCUCACCUUGUACAACCCAGAGCGGACAAUCACGAUAAAGGGCUCGAUUGAAGCGUGCUCCAGGGCUGAGGAGGAGGUGAUGAAGAAGAUCAGGGAAUCCUAUGAGAGCGACAUGGCUGCUAUGAAUCUCCAAUCCAACCUCAUUCCUGGCUUGAAUCUGAACGCUUUGGGCUUGUUCCCCAGUGGAGCACCAGGCAUGGGUCCCUCCAUGGCCAACGUCCCGCCUCCUGGAGCUCAUGGUGGAUGCUCGUAUGGCCAGGGCCAGCCGGAGUCCGAGACAGUUCACCUGUUCAUUCCUGCACUUGCUGUGGGAGCCAUCAUUGGAAAACAGGGCCAACACAUCAAACAGCUGUCACACUUUGCAGGAGCCUCAAUCAAGAUUGCUCCAGCAGAAGGAAUGGAUGCCAAGCAGAGGAUGGUCAUCAUUGUCGGACCACCAGAAGCUCAGUUUAAGGCUCAGUGUCGCAUCUUUGGCAAGCUUAAAGAAGAGAACUUUUUUGGGCCGAAAGAAGAGGUGAAGCUGGAAGCGCACAUCAAAGUUCCCUCUUUUGCUGCUGGACGCGUCAUUGGGAAAGGUGGAAAAACGGUGAAUGAGCUGCAGAACUUGACCUGUGCAGAAGUGGUGGUGCCCAGGGACCAGACACCCGACGAGAACGACCAGGUCAUAGUGAAGAUCAGUGGACACUUCUUUGCAUGCCAGUUGGCCCAGAGGAAGAUUCAGGAGAUCCUGGCUCAGGUGAGGAGGCAGCAGCAUCAACAGCAGCAGCCCAAGCCUCCAUCGGGCGCCCAGCCUCCGACGCCACGCAGGAAGUGAAGCUCCUGGAAGAACGGCGACUGGAUCUGUCGUGAAAUUCGAAAGAUGGACAGAUGCAGAAAAGCUCAUAGGGGAAAAGAAAAAUGACAGUGGAUCCUAAUGCACAUCUCAGGGGUCAAGGUCAUCGGAACCAAACAUCCACCCCUCCCUGAACAACUUGAUGACUUUAAAGUGGGGGUGACGACACCUUACACCUCUUAAGCUCCACCCACUUCACGUCGCUGCGUCUGCUGUGAGAAUGUACUUUAGAGGGCUUUCGCCAACAUCACCUGCCCUCUGUUCAACCUCCUCCUUUACCCCCCCCCCUCAUAGGUGUAGUUUGUUUUUUAUUUGGUUCUUUUUACACUAAAACUAUAAGGAAGAAAUACAGACCCCCCAACCCCCUUCCCUACACCCCCUUUCUAUCACCCCCUGUGGUGUGGUACCUUAAAGAUGUUUAGGUUUAGUUUUUUUUUAAUUGGUUAAAGCUUUCUCACGAGUUUUUCCGUGGAAAGAGAAAAGGCAUUGCUCGGUCCUGGUCGGACCAACAGAGGUUUAGUUGGGGGGGAGGGUUGGCUCUGGCCAGGUGGGCCACAUUUAGGGGAAAAAUUCUUGUUUUAGGACAGGACCCCUGUGAGGAUUGGUUAUAUAUCAGGCGUCCUGCCCUCGGAAUGAAAGUGGCAUUUUUUUAAAGAAAAAUUCGGAUGCAUUUUAUAGAUAGACCUAUAUGAAUAGAUCAAUAUAUAAAUAUAAAUACAUAUAUAUAUAUAUAUUUAGUAGAGCGGGCAGCGCUGCGACUGACCCUUUUUGGGAAAAGGGUGCUGAGCUGCUGCCCUGAAAAAAAAAAACAAUUUAUGCAUUUUGUUUAACUACCUCAGGAUCUAGUACCUCAGAAGAGAGGGAGAGAAAAAAAAAGAUAUGGAGAAAAAAAAAGUUCCUUUCUUUUUAUUUUGCUUUUGUGGUAUUUUGUAUACUUUAUAAAGCUGAUAGUCUUUGAACAUUUUUAUUUUUUUAAGAAAAUUUAAAAUUUCCGGGUCAGCUGCCAACUGACCUUGCCUUCAACUCUGGUGCUUUAGGCGGCAUUGUACAUGUGGAUGUGUGAACAAAGAUGACCCUGUACAUAAAAUUUAUUUGUACAUAGCAGCCUUGGAGCAAGAGUUGGCCCCUCCACCCCCACCUCCCCCUCAGCUGGCGGCUGACGGAGGAGUAUAUAGAGAAAAAAAUUGCCUCUGUUUUUUUUUUUUUUUCCCACUAACGGUCCACCAUCUUCUUGAAGAUAAAAGCAAGUACAGAACAACUAAACGUGUGCAAAAAAAAAAAAAAAAAGCCAACCAUACAUAUUUGCAGCAAUGCCAUUUAUUUUGGGGUUUCGCUGGUAGUUUUAAUGUCAAAUUCUUUUUGCCUUCUUAUUGAGGGCUAUGGUCAGGAUGCUGCAGCUCAAACUGUUUGGUCCUCCCUGUAGCUGUUGUCGGAGCAUCUUUGUUAUUUUUUUUUUCUUCCCUCUCUUGGUCUGUUUCAUUUCUGGGUCAUCUGCCGCUCUAUUGCUAACGCUAUCCUGGUAAGGCUCAAACUCUGCCAUGGUGACGUGGCCAUCAAGUCAUUCAGUUUCUUCUCUUUGUGGUGAGUCGGGGGAGUGGCACAGAUGGAUGCAUUUUUAUGUUUUGGGCUUGGAGAAAGUGAGCUGUCCUUUUUUUUUUCGCAACUUUUUUAAAAUGAUUUUUUGGUUGCUCAUCCAGGGGACAACAAGUUAAAUGACAUGUAAUUGUGACCCCCCCCCCCCACUCGGACAGGAAGCAAAAAUCCUAAACAGUCAUUCGAUUUUCUUUUUGUUUCUGUGCCGAAUGUAAAUAUAUAUUAAUUGUGGUAAAGUGCUAGAGUGUAUCUGUGCUUCCACAGUAGAACGCAGUCUACCUCAGCUGAGGGGGGUGAGAGGUGGGGGAGGGAGUUGCUAUGGCACUGGACGCCUCACCCCGCCCCCACUGAGCGCCAGCGCGCACCAAUACCUCAGUACCCCAAACACUUGUUUCUACCUGGGCGUGCCCUUCUGACGUCAUGCUUAACCGAGGGGCACAAGUGAUGCUUAAAAUGAUCCUCCUGAUACCCACCCUCCCCUCAUCCACUUUGUUUUUGAUCUACCUCUUUAGACACACAUUUGAAUUGGAGGCAUUCUACCAUUUGUUAGACCCCCGACCCAUCGCCCAUCCCUUCCCCCGAACUCCCCACACGCCCCCACACACACUUUUGUGCACCUCCCCAGAAAAGAAAUGAAAAUUUAAACUAAUGAACUCUGUAGAAUUGAGAAUAAUGGAAAGUGCUAGAAAUGUUUUCUUUUGAUCAGUGUUUAUAUUUACAUAUACUCCUUUUGGCUUUGAGAUCCUCAAUGAUUAUUCCUUUCUGCUUUCUAUUUUUGGUGGUGUGGCUUACAUGUAUUCAAACUUUUUUUUUUUUCCUCUGGAAAAUAAAUCAAAUCUUUGAUUUUUGCUUUCAGUCUAAUGCAAAAAAGGACCUGUUUUUGUUUUCUCUUUCAAAUUUAUAAGACUUAAAGACAAGAAAAUGCAAGUCUGUUUUGUCUUUCACAAGAUGCUACACUCGCUGAUUUGAUGGCAUUUUUGGUUAGCAUUUCUUGGUUGUGUAAUGUGGAACAUUCUUCUUUUUUUUUUUUUGGUAUGUGACAAAUUAGAGGGACUGAAUCUGUUUAUGGAAAAGUGAUCGAUCUUCAGCAUGAUGUUCUCUCACCCCUCUGCAACUAUACUUGUGCCCCGUCACCUCCCCACAAACACACAGCUCCACUUGUCAAAUGCCUCUGAAUAAAAAAAAUAAACAAAAAUAAAGUUCUUUUUUGUUUUAA